UAGCGGGCGUCGGACUCGCGCUGAGGAGCUCCGCUCCGGGUGGACCCUCGGAGUUGCCGGUGCGGCUGCGCGACCCCCGACGGCGGCUGCGGCUGCGCGACGUGGGACGGCCGCGCCAUGGCGGACGAAGAGCUCGAGGCGCUGAGGAAGCAGAGGCUAGCGGAGCUGCAGGCCAAGCACGGGGAUCCUGGUGAUGCAGCCCAACAGGAAGCAAAGCAAAGGGAAGCAGAAAUGAGAAACAGUAUCUUAGCCCAAGUUCUGGAUCAGUCAGCCCGGGCCAGGUUAAGUAACUUAGCACUUGUAAAGCCUGAAAAAACUAAAGCAGUAGAGAACUACCUUAUACAGAUGGCUCGGUAUGGACAGCUAAGCGGGAAGGUGUCAGAACAAGGUUUAAUAGAAAUACUUGAGAAAGUCAGCCAACAGACAGAAAAGAAAACAACAGUUAAAUUCAACAGAAGAAAAGUAAUGGACUCCGAUGAAGAUGAUGAUUACUAAGAGGAAAAGUUUAGACUUACAGAGCAGCGUCUAGGGCAGUUACAACCUUUUAAAUGUUUACUUUGUUUAUUGUCUAUAUAUGCCUUUCGAAAAAUAAACUUGUUACUCAAACUAAAGCAGUUGGGGUGUUUCA